CGGGCCUACAUGUCGGAGAACUCCAUGGGGUUGACCAUGGUGGAGGAGCAGUUCGUGUACGGGGAGCGGGCCCUCUCCUACGCCCGAGAGUUCGCCGGACACAAGAAGAAGGCGGGGGGCAUGCCGGUGGCCUGGCUGGAGAAGACCAUGUGGAACCUGGGCCUGGAGGUGUACAAGCAGAGCUUCGCCCGCACCCUGCCCUUCCCCGAUGAGCUGCGAGAGAGAUACAUGGUGAAGGGGACCAACGUCUACGGGAUCCUGAGGGCCCCCCGGGCGGCCAGCACGGAAUCCCUGGUGCUGAGCGUUCCCUGCAGCCAAGGCCAGCAGAACAAUCAGGCGGUGGGACUGAUGCUGGCCCUGGCGUCCUACUUCCGAGGUCAGAUCUACUGGGCCAAGGACAUCAUCUUCCUGGUGAAUGAGCACGACCUCGUCGGCAUGGAGGCCUGGCUGGAGGCGUACCACAACGUCAACGUCACCGAGAUCCAGUCGUCGGGGAUGCUGGGCCGGGCCGGAGCCAUCCAGGCCGCCGUCUCCCUGGAGCUGAGCAGCGACGUCAUCACCAGCUUUGACCUGGCCGUGGAGGGCCUGAACGGGCAGCUGCCCAACCUGGACCUGGUCAACCUCUUCUACGCCUUCUGCCAGAAGAGCAACCUCCUCUGCACCAUCCAGGGAAAGCUGCAGCGUUCCGACUGGGACUCGCUGCCGGCCUACCUGCACUCUCUGCAGACGCUGCUCCUGAUGGUGCUCAAGCAGGGCUCUGGCCGGCCGCAGGGUGACCACGGCCUCUUUCUGCGCUACCACAUCGAGGCCGUCACGGUGCGGGGCAUCAACAGCUUCCGCCAGUACAAGUACGACAUGGGCGCCGUGGGCAAAACGCUGGAGGGAAUGUUCCGGAAGCUGAACAACCUGCUGGAACGCCUACACCAGUCCUACUUCUUCUACCUGCUGCCCUCGCUCUCCCGCUUCGUCUCCAUCGGGGUCUACAUGCCGGCCUUCGGCUUCCUCAUCCUCAUCCUCGUCUUGAAGGCUCUGGAUCUGUGGAUGAAGCUGAGCCGAUGCGACGUGGACCCUGCGGACCAGUCUUGUGACGGAGGCCCCAUGGCGGCAGAGGAGCCCCGUCCCAGCCUGCUGCCCCUGGUCCCCCCGCUGCUGAUCUGCCACGCCACGGGGCUCGCCCUCUACUUCGUGCCCAUCCUGGGGCAGCACAUGGCCACGCAGCACUUCCCCGUGUCCGAGUCGGAGGCCGUGGUGCUCACCGUCAUCGCCAUCUACGUGGCGGGGCUGGCGCUGCCCCACAACACACACAGGGUCCUGACGGGUGCAGGCAGCGACCGCGGCUGGAUGAUGUUGAAGCUGCUCUCCCUGCUGUACCUGGCCAUACAGCUCGGCUGCAUCGCCCUCAUCAACUUCUCUCUCGGCUUCUUGCUGGCCGUCACCAUGGUGCCUGUGGCCGCAGCCGUCCAGCCCACCGGGCCCAAGGCGCUCCAGGCCGUGCUGCUGGUGCUGGUCACGCCGGCCGCCACCCUGCUGUUCGGCAUCUUCCUGUACCACGAGCUCAUCGAGUACCCCAUCUCCGUGCUGGAGGGCUGGCAGCGGUUCCUGCAGGCCAUUGCGGAGGGGCUCCUGGACCACCACCUCUACGGCUCCGUCGUCUUCCCCUUCGUGGCCCUCUUCGUCUACCCCUGCUGGCUCCUGCUGUGGAACGUCCUCUUCUGGAAGUAGCCCUCCCCAGGCACAGCAGGCUCCACGCUGGAAACUGGCAGCUGACCCUCGGAGGGCGAGUGGAGGCCGAUGGACCACCGUUGAGUCUGCAGAGGGAGGCCGGAACGCCGCCCUCUUGGACCUGCUUGGCCCCACAGCGGCUGCCUGGAGGGUUGGGGGACUGGGGCACAGGAGUGGGGCGACUGACAGCAGAGGGGGGCUUGAAAGGACAGGCCUUGGCCAGGAGAGCGGGAUUCUGGCCCCUGCAACUGGAGCAGGACCGCCCGUGUUCCAGUGGGUGAGGUGCUGUUGUCCCCCCCCCCUUCCACAGGAGGGGCCAAGGAGAGGCUGAUCCUGUCUGGGCAGCCCCAGCCAGCCUGCGGUCCAAAGUCUUCCUCCUGAGGCCAGGGGCCCGCACUGGGGCUUCGUACUGGGGGUCCCAGGUGCUGCGGUGGGGGGGGGGCAGAUGAGGGUGUGUCACAGGUGGCAGUACAGCCUUUGAUGUGAAAAUAAAGA